AACCAGCUCAGCCAAUCAGAGCUCCAGUUGUCCCUCCUACUCACAAUGGGCAUGGGGGUGAAGGGAAGUGUUUAUUAGGGGUACGUGUGAAGCCGUCCAGAAGUGUCAGUCUUUGUAGCUUUGAAAGUCACCUAGGUUAUUUGGGCAUGCUCUCCUGAGUCCUCUGCUAGUUAAGCUCUCUGAAGAGAAGGUGGCAGACCCGGUUUGCUGAUCGCCCCAGGGAUCAGGAGGUAAGCACCAUAGAGGAGCUGGGUUAGAGACGAGCGACUUAACCAUUUCUCUGCCGAAAAAGACAACUGAGGAAAGGCCAGCCAUGCUGUGCACACCUCUGAGAAUCUGAACCUGCAAACAUGGACAUCAGCUCUGAAAGGAUGGGUUCAUUUCUCUUUUACUCACUUUAGCCUUGUCCUCUGUUGUCUCUGAGCUGGUGUUCCUUAAGCUUCGGCUUCCUUUGGGGUUUGUCUAUCAGCCUAUUUAUAAGGCUGACUUUUAUGCCAAUAGCAAAUACAAGCAUUUUUUAAGUUAACAGAUAUUAUGAAGUAAAAUGCAAGUUUUUCAUUUAUAAGGCAACAUAACUUCAGAGAAAAAACUGAGUCAAUCAUAUUAAAUGUGAUUAAAAUGUGAUUGUUAUUAUAUAAGAGGGUUAUAGGAAGAUUAGCGUCUUAUGGACAAGUAGAAAAAUAGGAAUCAUGCCAAGCUGAUUGUCACAGUAGAUAUUCAACAAAGGUAGUGUCCUUCCUUGCUAUCAUCAGUAGGAUGGGGGCAUUUGGAUGGCUUUAUCAUUGCAAAUAUUUUUAAUGUAUUCCUUAUUUUGAAAAUGGUCCUGAUAAUGGUUUUAAUUUUCACUCAUGAACUCCACAUGUAUAAGUAGAGUUUCUCCAGCGCUUAUCAACAUAUAGGAAAAAACAUUAUAAGGCCAUUAACAGUGAUAGUUUAGAAUUUAUUAACAUUGACUCUACUGAUGGGGGUAUUCAAGCUUCCCUAAAAUUCACAAUCAGUUAUUUUCAGCUCAUAAACAUCUUUUCCUGUUCUUUGGCUUAUUUCUUCCACUGUAUAUGUUGCUGCUCUGGAAGUCAUUAAUUGCUAAUAAUGUCAAACAUCUUUUUUAUGUUUAUUGGAUAUUUGAGCAAAUUGCUCAUUCACAUCUUUUGCACACUUUUCAAAUAGACUGUUUAUUGUUUUCUUAUUGAUACAUGGUUCUCCAUGUAUUCCGAAAGCAAAACCUCUAUUAGCUAUAUAUAUGUAGCAGGUAUCUGCCCAGUUUUUGCCUUGUAUAAUCACUUUGUUUAGUGUGUGUGUGUGCAUGCAUGUGUGUGUUUCCUACAAAGAAACUGAGAAUGUGCAUGCAAUCAGGUUUGACAAAGUUUUUUUUUUUUUUUUUUUUUUCUGGCUUGUCCUUUUUGUGCCUUAUUUAAGGAACCUCCUUCUACUUCAAUGUAUUGAGAAAUUCUGUGUUUUAUUCAACAUCAUUACUAUUCUAUUUAGAUAAUUAAUCCAGCCAGAUAUAUAUUUUGUGUAUGAUAUAAAAGAAAGGCUGAAUAUAUCAUUCCCUGUGUAUUGUCAUUUGUCUGAACACUUUUUAUAGUUGGCCAUUCUUUCCUUGUGAUUUUUAAUGCCACUUUGAUUAUAUACCACGCUUUAAUUUACAUGUGGUCCUGUUUCCACACUCUAUUUAUUAGUUCAUUUUUUUCUAUGCCACUGCCAUACUGAUUUAAUAAUUAUACAUUUGUAGUAAGUAUUGAUACCUAGUAGUAGAGAUAGUACAUCCUAAUAAACAUAUUCAACUUGUUUUGCAGGUUUUUGUCUUUAUUUUUUUCAUUUAGGUUUUAGGAUCAUUCUGAUAAGUUCUAUGAAAAACCCUUUGAGAUUUUGGAUAGGAGUUUAUAGAUUAAUUUGACAACAUUGCUGUCUUCAUUUUAUCAAAUCUUCCCAUUUAAAAUAUCAGACAUACACCCACUUAAGUAGGUCUUUUAAAUCUCCCAAUAAAGUUUUAUAAGGUUCCCUUUAAAACUCUUAAAUAUAUUGUAUUAGAUGUUCUUAUGUACUUUGUAGUUUUGUUGCUAUUGGAAAUUACUUUUUUUAUGUAAUUUUUUUUCUCUCUUGGAGUGGUGCUGAAAUAAAGGAAUGCAUUUCUGCAUAUUAAUCUUAUAGUUAUAAACUGUUGAAUUAUUAUUUAUAAUGUUUUGUGAAUUAUUUUGGAUACUAUACAUAAACAACUAUAUUACUACAAUGUGAUUUUGGCAACAAGAUAGAAAAAUAGAUUGGUGGACAGAAUAAAGAAUCCAGAAAUAGAUUCACUCAUAUUUGGACAACUGAUUUUUGCAAAGGUAAAAAAAAAUCAUUAAAAAUGAUAGUCUUUUUAACAUAUGAUUCUGGGAAAAUUCAUAUUCAUAUGAAAAAUAAAUGAACUUUGAAUCAUCGCUUAUAUCAUAUACAAAUUAACUCAAAACAGUACAUACACCCAAAUGUGAAAUGAUCAAACCAUAAAAUUCUUAGAGGAAAACAUAAAAUCUUCUAAUCUUGAGAUUGGAAAAGAUUUCUUAAAUAAGACACUGAAAGCAUGAUCCAUGAAAGAACAGAUUGAUUAAUUGCACUUCAUCAGGUAUAUGUAUAUGCCAAAAUUUAUCAGAUUGUAUACUUUCAAUGUAUGCACCGUGUUGUAUGCCAGUUAUGCCUCGAUAAAUCUAUUUUAAAAAUAACAGGAAAAUGUAUCCUGUUUCCUUUUUGUUGUUGUUGUUGUUGUUGUUGUUUUGAGAUGAAGUUUCGCUCAUGUUGCCCAGGCUGGAGUGCAAUGGCGCAAUCUUGGCUCACAGCAACCUCCACCUCCCAGGCUGAGGCACAAGAAUCACUUGAACCUGGGAGGCAGAGGUUGCAGUGAGCUGAGAUCAUGCCCCUGCACUCCUGCCUGAGCAACAACAGUGAGACCCUGUCUCAAACAACAAUAACAACAAAACACAAAGUAUGCUUCUUGCAUGCUAUACAAAAAGGCAAUUAAGUUCCUUCACAGCUCUAAAAUUCUAUCCACGGACAUACUUAGGCCACUUUUGAAUGUGGGAAAUUUUUGUGUGUCCAUGCUAUUUCUAUUAUUUUAGGAAAACAGUUUUUGUUUUAUUUUUUGAACAAUUAAUCUGUCAUUCUUGGUUAAGUGAUCCUUCUCCAUUGCCAUUGCAUGUCUGCAUGUAGAGUGCUAUAUGCUAUUCUACUCGACCUCACCUCAUGGAAGGUAGAAGAUACCUGGAGAAUCUUUAAUGAAGACAGAGGCAAUAAUUAGUAGACAGGAGAAGCUUUUGUAUGAAGCAAGAUGAGAAAAUGUAAGGACACAUAAGUGUAGAAAAAGGAAGCUAAGAGAAAAUGUGAUCAAAGUCCACAAAAGUCCUGCAAGAUUAAAAUAAAAUGCUGAAAAUGAUCAAUGAAAUAAUCAGUAACAAUGUGCACCUGAUUAUUAAGGCAAAUGAGAGUUUUAUAAUUGGCAGACAAGCUUGUCCACAAAUACUGCUUUGGCACCACAGUGUGUGAGAUGAAAUAUGGCUGAUGUGAUGUGGUAGAAUGGUAGGUUGAUUCCUUCGGCCUCCCUUGAUGCUGUUUUCUCUCUGAUGCUGUGAACAUAGAAGAGAGACUUUAUCUGCAUACCUUUCUGAAACCAAUUUCAUGGAACUAACUUACCAUUGGAAGGUUAGUUUAACUUCUUCCUAGUGCAGAGAUCCUGCUACAAUAUCCUUUUCAGACAGUCAACCACUUUCUGAUCUUUGAAAGGUAAUGACAGAGUAUCUACUACCUCAUAAGACAGUUCAUUCUACUCUUAACUCUAAUAAUUAAAUCGUUUCUCUUUUCAGUAAAAUCAAAGUGAUUGCCUUGCUAUUUCAGUCCAGAAUUGUUCAAAUUCUAUCAGAAAUAACAUCUAAUAAUUUCCCAGGCCCUCUUCUGCCUGAGAGUGCCUUAAGUCAUCAAACAUGGCCAUCUUGUUACAUGGUCUUUUUAAAAAUCAGGAGUAGGAGUUGGCUUUUCACAAUAACAUAUAACCUGACCAUAGACGUGGAGGUGCCCAGCCAGAGUAUAUGACUGCAUUUUGUAGGCAUUAGUGAGUAGCCAACAUGCCACCCAUCCAUCCAUUUCUUCAUCCAUUCAGUAAAUAUCCAUUGAAUUGCUAAUAGGUACAAGGAAAGCUUUUAGGUUCUUAUGAUAAAACAAGGUGUUAAAAACAAAUCCAAAUUUUGUACAGUUUAUACUCUAAAGGGAAAGCAGAUAUUUUUCUUACAGGCAAAUUAACGAAUGUAAUUAACUGAGACAAAUGCUCUGAUGGAAAGGAAGACGGUUCUUCAGCAGCAUGUGUCAAAGGAGCAUUAACAUAAGCCAGGAGUUAGAGUUGGUGUUGGUCAAAGCAGAUUCCAUGGGGAAGUGACUUGCACUAAGCUGUGAAAAAUGCAUAGGAGUUAAAGGUACCUUCAGUCAGAGGGAACACUGUGUGAAAAUCCCUAUGACAGCAGGUGUUCACUUGCUUGAGGACUGAAAGAAGGCCAGUAUGGCUGGAAUACAGAGAAUUUUCAGAGGGCAGGAUGGGGUCCCCUCGAUAGAAGGACAAUGCAAGGCCUUGUAGAACAUAAUUAGAAAUCUGUGGCCAGGCGCGGUGGCUCACGCCUGUAAUCCCAACACUUUGGGAGGCCGAGGUGGGCGCAUCACGGGGUGAGGAGUUCCAGACCAGCCUUACCAACAUGGUGAAACCCCGUCUUUACUGAAAAAGUACAAAAAUUAGUCAGGCGUGGUGGCAUGAGCCUGUAAUCCCAGCUACUCAGGAGGCUGAGGCAGGAGAAUCACUUGAACCCAGGAGGCGGAGGUUGCAGUGAGCCAAGAUUGCGCCAAUGCACUCCAGCUUGGGUGACAGAGUGAGACUCCUUCUCAAAAAAAAAAGAAAGAAAUCAGUCCUUGUUUCAUAGCAGCAGUUUAUUCAUUUUCACUACUACAUAAGAUUCCAUUUAAUUGAUAAUUACAUAUACACAUAAACUCAUAUAUAUAUAUAGAGAGAGAGAAUUGGUAUAUUUUUUAUUGUUAUUUUAGUCAUUGGAGGCCAUUAUGAAUAAUGCUGCUAUGAAUAUUUAUGUACAUUAUAAGCCUUAUGUACUUAUCUUUGUAUGUUUGUAUUUGUAUGUGUGUUUCUUUUGACUGUACACCUGUGAAUGGAAUUACUGGAUGUUAAGGUAAGUAGAUAUUGAAUUUUAAUAAAUAGUGUCCCAAACCAUUUUCCAAAGUGUUAUACCAAUUUAAGAUGACUACUACUUCAUAGUUUUUGCUUCUUGUCUUUUUUUUUUUUUUUUUUUUUGAGACAGACAGGGUCUCACUGUGUCAUCCAAGCUGGAGUACAGUGGUGCGAUCAUGACUCACUGCAGCUUUGAACUCCUGGGCUUAAGUUAUCCUCCUGCCUCAACCUCCCAAGUAGCUGGGACUAAAAACAUGUGCCAUUACACCUGGCUAAUUUUGAAAAUAUUUUUUGUAAAGAUAGAGUCUCCCUAUGUUGACUAAGCUGGUCUCAAACUCCUGGCCUCAAGCGAUCCUCCAGCCUUGGCCUCCCAAAGUGCUGGGAUUACAGGUGUCUGUGCCAGGUCCAGUUUCUUUCAUUUUAAAAUAAGAUUUUUUUUUUAAGAAAAAUUAUCUGUUCUUGAGGAUAUCUUAAUAUGGUUUUAGUAUUUAUUCCUGGUGACAUUUGAAAAUGUGCAUUGCUCAUAUGUUUAUAUGCUUAUGGGCCAUGUCUUUCAUUUUUUAAUCAGUUGAUAAGAAAUACAAAUCGGUAACAAAACCAAAGCCACUAAGUCAAGCUGAAAUGAGUCCUGCUGCAUCUGCAGCCAUCAGAAAUGAUGUCACAAAGCAACGUGCUGCACCAAAAGUCUCUCCUCAUGUUAAGCCUGAACAUAAACAGAUGGUGGCCCAGCAGGAAUCUAUCAGAGAAGGGUUUCAGAAAGGCUGUUUGCCAGUUAUGGUACUGAAAGCAAAGAAGCCCUUCACGUUUGAGACCCAAGAAGGCAAGCAGGAGAUGUUUCAUGCUACAGUCGCUACAGAAAAGGAAUUCUUCUUUGUAAAAGUUUUUAAUACACUGCUGAAAGAUAAAUUCAUUCCAAAGAGAAUAAUCAUAAUAUCAAGAUAUUAUCGGCACAGUGGUUUCUUAGAGGUCAAUAGCGCCUCACGUGUGUUAGAUGCUGAAUCUGACCAAAAGGUUAAUGUCCCGCUGAACAUUAUCAGAAAAGCUGGUGAAACCCCAAAGAUCAAUACGCUUCAAACUCAGCCCCUUGGAACAAUUGUGAAUGGUUUGUUUGUAGUCCAGAAGGUAACAGAAAAGAAGAAAAAUGUAUUAUUUGACCUAAGUGACAACACUGGGAAAAUGGAAGUACUGGUGGUUAGAAAUGAGGACACAAUGAAAUGUAAGGAAGGAGAUAAGGUUCGACUUACAUUCUUCACCCUGUCAAAAAAUGGAGAAAAACUACAGCUGACAUCUGGAGUUCAUAGCACCAUAAAGGUUAUUAAGGCCAAAAAAAAAACAUAGAGAAAUAAAAAGGACCAAUUCAAGCCAACUGGUCUAAGCAGCAUUUAAUUGAAGAAUACGUGAUACAGCCUCUUCAAUCAGAUUGUAAGUUACCUGACAGCUGCAGUUCACAGGCUCCUCUCUCUACCAAAUUAGGAUAGGAUAAUUGCUGGAUAAACAAAUUCAGAAUAUCAACAGAUGAUCACAAUAAACAUCUGUUUCUCAUUCA